GACAGAGAACCCAACAAGGGGCCGGAAGCACUCGGAAGUCACGUGCUACCCGGGCCGCGCGCGUGAUUGGCUUGGGAGGACAUGAAUGAUGCCGCUGUGAUUGCCGAAUUGUCUGGGCAGGUUUGGAACCUGAUGAGCUCUGGUGACCUGUGCAUCCCUCUGCAGAGAAAGAGGAGGGAGAAGCUUGCUUUCUCUGGACUCUAGCGGUCACAUCCCAUCAGGAGCCCUGAAGGCCCACCUCAAGCAUCAUCAACAUGGAGUUCUGAAGUCCAUGUGGCUCCUCACCGUGAACCAGGUCUUAAGGAAAAUGCAGAGACGCCACAGCAGCAACACGGAUAACGGUCCACCUGAAAGAAAUCGCAGCCAAGCGCUCAGCUCCGAGGCGAGCGUGGAUGAAGGCGGCGUCUUUGAGAGUCUGAAGGCAGAGGCGGCCUCCCCACCUGCACUUUUCUCCGGCCUCCCCGGCCUCCCUGCCAGCAGCCUCCCCACCACCCCAUUCCCAUCCAGCCUGGUGCUGGGGGCAUCAGCCGGAGGCGGGGACGUGUUCAUCCAGAUGCCAGCGUCCAGGGAGGAGGGCGGGGGCCGGGGCGAGGGGGGCACCUACCACCACCGCCAGCCCCUCCAUCACUUCCAUCACGGCGGCCACCGCGGGAGCUCGCUGCUGCAACACGUGGGUGGGGACCACCGCGCUCACUCCGACGAGGGGGGCGACGAGCAGCCAGGGACGCCCGCCCCUGCCCUGUCCGAGCUGAAGGCCGUGGUCUGCUGGCUCCAGAAAGGCCUGCCCUUCAUCCUGAUCCUCCUGGCCAAAGUGUGCUUCCAGCACAAGCUCGGCAUUGCCGUGUGCAUCGGGAUGGCCAGCACCUUUGCCUAUGCCAACUCCACGCUGCGAGAACAGGUCUCUCUGAAGGAGAAGAGAUCGGUGCUGGUCAUCUUGUGGAUCUUGGCCUUUCUGGCAGGAAACACCCUAUACGUGCUCUAUACAUUCAGUUCCCAACAGCUGUACAACAGCCUCAUAUUCCUGAAGCCCAACCUGGAGACACUGGACUUCUUCGACCUGCUGUGGAUUGUGGGCAUCGCAGACUUCGUGCUGAAGUACGUCACCAUCGCCCUCAAGUGCCUGGUCGUGGCCUUGCCCAAGAUCAUCCUGGCUGUCAAGUCCAAGGGAAAGUUCUAUCUGGUCAUCGAGGAGUUGAGCCAGCUGUUCCGAUCCCUUGUCCCCAUCCAGCUGUGGUACAAAUACAUCAUGGGGGAUGACUCUUCCAACAGCUACUUCCUAGGAGGGGUCCUGAUUGUUCUCUACAGCCUCUGCAAGUCUUUCGACAUCUGUGGCCGUGUGGGCGGAGUCAGGAAAGCCCUGAAGCUUCUCUGCACCUCUCAGAAUUACGGAGUCCGGGCCACUGGGCAGCAAUGCACAGAAGCCGGCGAUAUCUGCGCCAUCUGCCAGGCUGAGUUCCGGGAGCCUCUGGUCCUCAUGUGCCAGCUCCUAGGACCGAGGCGGGCACACCGUGGACGCUCAGUGAAGUGUCCCCAGUUGUACUGAUUGCUGUCCCCGCAGCACGUGUUCUGUGAGGAGUGCCUCUGCCUCUGGCUGGACCGGGAGCGCACCUGCCCGCUCUGCCGCUCGGUUGCCGUGGAUACCCUGCGCUGCUGGAAGGACGGGGCCACUGCAGCACACUUCCAAGUGUAUUAGGGCGGAAGACUGAGGCACCCUGGGAGCUGACGGAUGGCCAGCGUGAUCGGGUCCGGCUCUGGGGACUUCCUGGAAAACAGGCCUCAAGCACUGACUGUCCUGCCUCCUGCCUUUCUCCCCCUCUUCCCCCAGAGCCAGGCCCCUAUCCUCCCGACCUCCACCUUCCUUUUCUGUUCUGCGGCUUAGCGCAGGCGUUCUUUCCUUCAACCCUCCUCGCUCAGACUUGGCCUCCUCCCGGGAGGGUCUCCUGCCCCCUCCAAGUGAAGGAACCGGGGAUAGACAGGUCCUGCCUGUUGUGAUUUUAACUCAUGGUGGCCUAACACCCGAUGCUGCAAGCUGGAAGGGGCCUGGAGAUCACUGCUUCCCCCCAACACGGCUCAGGUCUGCAGAUGGGCGUCACUGUGGAGCGUUUCCCAAAUGCGAACGCUGGGCCCAUUAUACCUGCAAUAGCUUAGUGUCCCAAGCACUUCGUGUGAGCUGAGCAUCUGCUUGGAUGACCUCUUGGAAUCGUCACAACAGCCCUGGGGUGGAGGUACUGUCAUUUCCUCUGUUUUAUAGACGGGGAAACUGAGGCACAGAGCUCCACGUGGUAGCUUUCCCAGGGUCACCCAGCUAGCAAUGGCGGACGGAGUUUCCAAACAGGCCUGUCUGGCUUCAGAGCCCACACUCUCAACCACCAUAUAUGCUCACCCACUCAGACACAGCAGGCGUGGGGCCCAGCAGGCUUGGUGUGUGUUGGUUGGUUGGUUGGUUGGUUGGUUGGUUGGUUUUUUAAGCACCAGAGGUGAUUUUGAUUCCCAUCAGUGACCCAGGUGCAUAGCACAGUGAUCUGGGCCCCGCUGAGGAUGCCAACGGUGAGCAGUGGCCCUGGAAAUCUAGCUGUGGCCAAGUUCACGGAAAGAGUUGGUCUUUAAAAUUGCUCAUUGGCCGGGCUCCGGCUGGAAUGCUCAGUCACAUUUGGGUAUCAAGAAUGGCCAGCUUUGGUCCCCAUGCAGGUAUCACGGGGUCUCUACACCUGUCUUCAUGUCUCUCCUCCUCCUCCUGUUCUUGUCCUGCCCCUCACUUAAGUCUCCGCUUGUCAACAGCGCCCGUGGCCAUUGUCUUCUCCCCCGGUAGCCUUGAGAACAAAAUGAAUGAUCCAUGUUACGGAUUUGUCCACAAGCCAGGGUGGUGGCGUGGAGCACUGCAACACUCGGCGCUUCUGGAACGUCUAUACCAGAGCUACUAAUCUCUGUAAGAGAACAGUUUCUCCACCUGUGAGACCCUCCCUGCUUUGAAUCUGGAAGGAGGUAGCACAGGUGAUCACUUAGAAGCUCCUGGAAUCUCGCCUGCCCUACCCCUCUCCCCAUUCUGUUCACUCGCCGUCAACCUCAGCACAAUGGGCUGGUGCCAGUGGUGUUACAGAGAAAUCAAUCUUGUGGCUCGUGAGCAGAUGAGCAACAAAGCCCCAAGCAGAAAUGGUGGGAGACUUUGCUGCCACCUCGCUCUCGGCCGGUAAUAACAAGCCCACCCCAUCCCUGAUAGUUGCAGGACAUUUGCCCCCGUGUGCUAUCAAGCCGGGACCUUUUCCUGUGCCUGGCAUCCCUGGCUCUUCCCCGGGACCCAGCAAGACGUCCCUUCCAGGGCAGCGUGGCAUCUUUCAAGCUCUGUUACUAUGGCGAUGGCGGCGGCGUUACAAUCCCACUUGCCUGGAUAAUCAAGUCCGAAGGGGAAGCGGAGGGAAGUAGGGCCGGGGGGAUGCGGCUGCUCUGCUCCCCCUACCUUCAGCAAGAGCCAGAGGGAAGCAACAGGAGCUUCUGCGACUGGUUUUUAUCAGAAACAUCACCCUGCCUGCAGAUGCCAUCAAAGAGACACAAGAGAUUGGAGCUGGAGAUUUAUUAACAGGCCAGCUUGUGACAGAGCAGGCAGAGCAGAAUUCUGAUUCCAAACUCUGCGUGACUUUGGGAAGUCACUUCGCCCCCCAGUAGCCGUCUCCAGGAUAAAGAAACCCCGUGCACUUUCUGCCGCAGCCGGGGAAACUAACAAUGUAGAACACAGGUGGAGGGGCCAAUGGUUUUGUCCGUUAUACUCAUGCCACCAAAAAAAAGAAAAAAAGAAAAGAAAGCCCCCCACAUCUCUAAAUAUUAUUCUCCAAAUAAUGAGCCAUGCUUCUGACAUUAUAAACAGUGUCACUUGGGGAUACCAGGGACAGGUGGGAUGAUUUCGUUUAGGAUUUUACUUCUUCAUUCCCUACCCUCUGGGGAAAAGUUCUGUUCUGGAGGUUUUCUUUUUUUAAUUUUCUUUUUUAACGUUUAUUCAUUUUUGAGAGACAGAGAGCAAGCGGGGGCGGGGCAGAGAGAGAGAGAGAGAGAGGGAGAGGGAGAGGGAGAGGGAGACACUGAAUCCGAAGCAGGCUCCAGGCUCUGAGCUGUGCGCACAGAGCCUGACAUGGGGCUCGGACUCACAAAUGGCGAGAUCAUGACCUGAGCCGGAGCCGAAGUCGGACGCUUAACUGACUGAGCCACCCAGGCGCUCUGGAGGUUUUCUUUUGGAUGGGAGGAUCUAACUUCUACCCUAAGGAGAAACAGCAGCCAGUGAGGAGUUUUCCAAACAUCAGGCUGCCUAUUUUCCCCACUCUGGGGUAAAAGCAGCCAAAAGUCGUUGUCGGGAAAGAACAGCUCCAUUCUCCAUGGCCCAUCCUGGCUCUGCACUCAUUGGUUAGAAGCAGGAUCAAUCGAGUAGCAGGUUGGGGUAUCCUGCUUUUAAUAUUUUGUGACCCACUGACUGAGGUUUCUGACACUCUGGGAAAUGGCCGUCUUAAUGUAAAAGAUCUUGAGCAUAAUGAAUGUGAGAAUAGGAAGGCGAGCUUUGGACCUGGAUGUGAGAGGCUCAUUACCUUCAUAACGGGAGAAUGGGAGACAUGCUUGGAGACACCAGGCGGCUAAGACUUGGGGUUGGAAAGAAGAAAUGUAAAGCAAGUCCCAGAAUCUCUUAGUAAUUUUGCUCUGGGCUGAACAGAGCCACCUUCGGUGUUUUUAAUGUCCCCUUAAGUUCCCUUCCGCCAAUAAAUAUCAUCUGUCGAUGAAACUUA